CUUCGCUUCUUUCUUUUCAACUUCAACCGCCACCUUCCGAACUACAUCCAUCUAGACAAAAUGCUGUCGCUGAGAACCAUUGCGCGCUCUGCGCCCCGCUCGGCCGCUCGCCUGUCCACCAAGGCAGCUCGCCCGCAGCUCUUCAAGCCCGCCGCGCUGCGCGCUGUCUGGAAGCCCACCUCCGCACCUAGGCUCGCGUCCGCGUUCCACACCACCGUGCCUAAGCGCGAUGUCCAGGAAUCGCUUGUGGCCAAGCUUGACAGUGAGCUGAACCUCGAGGAGGACGUUGGUGAGCCGUCGAACUAUUCGACCAACAUCAAGGACUACCUUGAGGCCAGCCAAUUUAAGAUUGAAGACAUCCUUGGCCAGGAGGAGGUCACCUUGACUCGCAAGUUCAACAACGAGACCAUCCGCGUCACCUUCACCAUUGCCGACCUUGCCGAGCCUCAGGAGCCUUUUGAUGAGGAGUCGGACGAGGCCAUGUACGACGAGGCCGAGGAGAUUGACGAGCAGUCUGGUGGCGCCAACACCAAGGGCUCUGUCAACCGGGGCCGCACUCCCGGCGGCAACAUCAGGGUCGCGCCCGAAGACAAGGUCUCGCCUGCCGACCGCCCCGAGUUCGAGGACGAGUACGCCGACGACGAGCCGCUGACGCCGUCGUUCCCCGCGCACGCCGUCAUUAGGGUGACGAAAGAUGGCCAACAGGGCGCGCUGUGUAUCGAAGCUGUCGCCCAGGACAGCAGCUUUACCAUCAGCAACGUCCACUACUAUGCCGAUGCCGAAAAUGCCGACCCCAAGACCGCCGACAAGGACUAUGCCCGCAGGAACCUGUACCCCGGUCCCAUGUUUGGCAACCUGGACGAGGACCUGCAGAUCCUGCUUGAGGAGUACCUCGAGGAGAGGGGAGUUGAUACCAGGAUGGCUCUGUUCAUUCCGGAUUACAUUGACUACAAGGAGCAGAAGGAGUACCUGAACUGGUUGAAGAACGUCAAGGGUUUCGUCUCCGCUUAAGUUUUUAAUCCCCGUGAGAUUGAUGAGACGUGACGACAAUAAAAUUCAUUUCCACUCUGUAACCUUCUGGCGUUCAUAUUUGAUCGUCGAAAACUGCAUAAAUAAAAUGCAGAUUUUGUAGCAAAAGCAACUGAAUAAAAGGAUAUUUG